AAGGGGUUUGACCUGUGGCCUUUCCCCCUCCUUCCUCGGCCCGGUGACACAGGGUGCUGCGAUGGCGGCCUGGCCGGGCGGGCUCUCCUCACCGCUGCUCGUGCUGCUGGCGGUGUCGCUGCUGCUGCUGGCAGGCUCGGCGGGCUCGGAGGCGGCGGCCGGGGCCGGGCCGGGGGAGGCGCCGGGCGGGGCGAGCCCGGGCCCGGGGGAGCGGUUUAAGAUCGAGGGCCGGGCCGUGGUGCCCGGCGUGAAGCCGCAGGACUGGAUCGCGGCCGCCCGCGUCCUGGUAGACGGCGAGGAGCACGUCGGCUUCCUCAAGACAGAUGGAAGUUUUGUGGUUCAUGAUAUACCUUCUGGAUCUUAUGUAGUGGAGGUAAUAUCCCCAGCUUAUAAAUUUGAACCAGUUCGAGUAGACAUCACUUCAAAAGGCAAAAUGAGAGCAAGAUAUGUAAAUUACAUCAAAACCUCUGAAGUUGUCCGGCUGCCAUAUCCACUUCAGAUGAAAUCUUCUGGCCCCCCUUCUUACUUCAUAAAGAGAGAGUCUUGGGGAUGGACAGACUUCCUAAUGAACCCUAUGGUGAUGAUGAUGGUUCUUCCAUUACUGAUAUUUGUAUUAUUGCCUAAAGUUGUGAACACCAGUGAUCCUGAUAUGAGACGGGAAAUGGAGCAGUCAAUGAAUAUGCUGAAUUCCAAUCAUGAACUGCCUGAUGUUUCUGAAUUCAUGACGAGACUUUUCUCUUCAAAAUCUUCUAGCAAGUCUGGCAGUGGUGGUAGUAAAGCAGGAAAAAGUGGUCCUGGAAAAAGGAGGUAGUUGUUUCUUCCUCCUUGGCCUGAAUUUGCACAAUUAUUUGUUACGUGGUAUCAUCUGUAUGUCUUGCAAAGUUAAAAAGCCACUAUUGUAAACCUUAUCUGACAUGAAAAAAAUGACCUGCUACUACUGUUGUAUGUGGUGUAGCUUUUUUAGUGUAUUUAAGCUGUUUUGUACUAGGCAGCAAGCAAAAGAGGACCUGGCUUCAAUACUCUUAUCUGUGUAAAGUCAUUAUUAAUGAUACUGAAUUAACUACUUUGCUCUGUAGAGAAUGACAUUAAAGUAAUUAAAUUGUAUAAAGUACUAUACAUUACUGAAUAAGUCUUAAUCCCAAGAUUGAUUCAGUAUGUGUAAAAAAGUGGUUGCAAAGAACCUAGAGGCCACUUUUAAAAAUGGACUUAAUACUAUUUUAUAAUCUGUUCACUUCUGAAAUGUAUAAAACUACCCUUAAGCUCUGUCAGGUUAAUUCUGGAUCCCCAGUAUUCAUACAAUAAGGAACAUAGUUCAGGUCCUUCCAUUUAUAUUGAAUGCAUUUUUUCUCCUGAAAUAUAGUUGGGUCUUGCUGAUUUUUCUUACUAGGUGUGGUAUUAGUCUGGCCAGUUAUCAGACUUGAAGCCAAGUACAAAACUUUAAAAGCCAAUUUUGUUACUGUAUUUUCAGUUUUACUCCUAUGUUUAUACUGUUCCCAUCAAACAGUAUACUAGAAUAUGAUUACAUUAUAAGGUUUCUUGGGCUAUACACGGUCACUUGGGACAAAUUAGUUUUUUAUUGUGACAUGAUAGGCUGUGCUAUAGUAAUUCAUUCAUUUAUUCUGAAUGAAGGGACUCUUUUCAAGCUACUCUGUUACGUUGAGGUGGUGUAUACAUUUGACAAUUCUCCACGUAAUGAACGCUUGUAUGGUUAAAAUUUAAGGAACUCCUGUUUUACCUCCUUAGUGCCUCUGUCUUUCAUUUUUGAGCUCUGUCACAAAUAAUUAUUUUGGGCUAAACCAAACAUUUACUGUGAUAUAAAUCCUGUCCUGAACAUUUUUAUUUAUUGAAAGAGCCCAACAUGUUAGUUAUUCUUAAAAUACCUAUUUCAGUUGGUUAUUCUUUUUGCAAUUCAGCUUUUCUCAUUGUUCACUGAUGUCGUAAGUAGGAGCACCCAUGCAAUAGGGGAAGGUGUAUCUGAUAUCAAAACAAUAUUUAAAGUUUGGCCACUGAAAGCAAAGCAAAGUCAAUCCUGAUGCUCAUUUGCCAAUGACAUUUUCCAAACUGCAAGCUCAACAAAUGUUUAUGAAAAUGGAUUUAUCCAGUCUCUCAAGUUUUAACAUUGCAGCAUCAUGAAAUGUAUGUUGAUGGAUGCUUUAACUUAGUGAAAAUAUGGUUUAAAGUACUACUUAACUGAAAAUUGCUGAUUUCAACUGUGCUUGGAAUAACAGAGCUGAUUAAACAUUCAGUUCACUUUUCCAUCUGUCCACUCACCCAUUAAAGGUUAGAUUUUAAUAAACAUUAAACUUAAGCAGCCAGUAGGCAGCAGGAGGGGAAAACAUCAAUUAUCUUAUGGUACACAUUUAUAGCUGUGAAACAUAAAGGCUAGAAAAAAUAAAUACUUGUUCACAUGAUCAAGUUAACACUUAAGCUGUGGGAGGGAAAUAAACAGCUGUGUCUUUCAGCUGAGCAUAAAGAGUUUACAGUCUUUCAAAAGGAAAUUGUGGGUAGUAUAUUUAUUUUACAUAAGAAAAAGCUCUUUGCAAUAAGUAUUCCAAUAUUGCCUGGUAACAGAAGGUUGCUGAAAUAAGGCCUUAGCUGUUCCCCAGAUUCAUAUUGCUUCCAUAAAAAUUGAGCUGCAAUAUGCUAAACCACCUGCCACAACAACACUUUAUUAAGGGACUUGUAAAAAUACAUGGAAUUUGCUCUUGCAGUGGGUGAAGCUCUGGACAUAGAAAUCAGGGUUCUAGCUGUGGGAUUCCCAAUAUACCCCUAGAUACAAAAGCCAUGGUUGGAGGAACUGAGGAUUUCUCUCACUGAAUAAAUGGUAUGAUGGUUAACUUGCAUUAAUUUUUGGUUUUAAUUGCACUUGUAUCAGCAAUUGAAAAUAUGAACAAAUAAACCUUCUUCUGUUGAGGUGGAGUAAAUAGAAUUUUCCAGACUAAUGAUAUUCCUUCUUCCUUCCAUCAUGUCUGUUGGAGAACUUGUUGUGGUCUUUUCCUUAUAUUUAGUUUAUUCUUGGAAAAAUGAAGUUCUUCCUUAUGUUAAAAAAUAGAAGAAGAAGGUGGCUAGGAGCUGAGUACAGGGUAGCAAACCUGCUGCAGGAAUCCUAGGGAUCCAGCUGAAAAUGUGGGAGAAGAUGGAUUCCUUAUAGCAUGCCUGCUUAGAGAGAUGGAUGCUACCAGCCUUCAGUUAGUUUUCUCUUGAAGUCUCACUCACAACGUCGGGGGAUGGCUGUCUGGAACUGUCCUUACCCCUCCAGUGGAAGGGCAUCAGCUCCCCGCUUGUGAAAGUAGUUUGAAGAGACUGUGCUGCUGAACCAGUCCAGAUUGCAUCAGUGGCAAAUAAUAUAUUUUGUAAUCCACAAUUGACCUGAAGUUGGUGUCCUUUUGCAUCAAAUGAGAUAUGGUCCUAGCUCACAGUGGUUACCAACAUGCUUUGACUGAGGCUGGUUCUAAAAGCCACCUGACAGAAGCUUGUUCCAUAUGGACAUAACAUCCACCCAGAAAACCCUAUCCUGUACACAGUUACUAUAGGUGAAAUGUCUAUCAGCUUGCCUACUGAGCUAAGCAUACUACUGCAGGUCUUUGUGCUCUUUAUCUGUUGUCUAGUUUUAAGUCCUGACCCUCAUUUACAAGUUCUUUCAUAGGCUGUGAUGCAGCUCUCUCAAGGACUGCCUGUUGCUCUGUAACCUCAAGUGAUAGCUUCCUUCAACUAUGAUGCUCAGCUGACAGAAUGCAGAGUAUAACUUGCAAUACCAGUACUCUUACGUUGGGAAUUGCAGGGAUAUGGAGAUUCUUCUACCAAAUAUUUCAUCCUCUCUUCAGAGUAAGAUGCAAAGCCAGUGUUCUUUUUUUGACAUCAUCUUAAUGACUGAGUAGAGUUUCUGAUUUUUUUACAUAGGGAAAAAAUAAAAAAGGGUGAUGUUUCUGUUGAUACUGUUCCCAAAGCAUCUUGGAUGUAUUAAAGAGGGCCUGGAUCAGGGAUGGGCCGGAUGCGGCCCUCCAGGCCAUUCUAUCUGGCCUGCAAGGUCCCUAAAAAAUUUAGAAAAAUUAAUAUUUUAUUAUUAUUAUAUUAAAAUUAUCUGCCCUUGGCUGCCUGUCAUGUGGCCCUUGAUGGCUUGCCAAAACUCAGUAGGCAGCCCUCCACCUGAAAUAAUUGCCCACGCCUGGCCUGGAUGUUAGUGAGGAGUGAGUUUUGGGAACAUGAAAUGAUUUUGCCCAGUAAUUUACCUGUGAUGUUCUACUCUCUGGAUACAAGGUCAAACUGUAAAUGUUUAUGCUGUUAUUUUUAUCUUACUGGGAUUUAAAUAAUAAAAAUAUUUGUGGUUGCCCCUCAA